GCAGCGCCCUGGAGAAGUCGCUCGCAGUGAGUCAGGCAGGAGAGCUGUACGAGGAGUGGCUGGAACUGAGAAACGGCUGCCUCUGCUGCUCUGUCAAGGACAAUGGUCUUAAAGCCAUCGAGAACCUAAUGCAGAAGAAAGGAAAGUUUGACUACAUCCUGCUGGAAACCACUGGACUCGCUGAUCCAGGAGCUGUGGCCUCCAUGUUCUGGGUCGAUGCAGAGCUUGGCAGUGACAUCUAUUUGGAUGGCAUUGUCACAGUCAUCGACGCCAAGUAUGGACUGAAGCAACUAACAGAGGAGAAAGCAGAUGGACUUGUCAAUGAAGCAGCCAGGCAGAUUGCUGUGGCUGACCUCACCAUCAUCAACAAGACAGACCUGGUGAAUGAGGAGGAACUUGCCCAAAUACGAGAGGCGGUCAGGUCUGUUAAUGGUCUUGUCAAGAUUCUAGAGAGCCAGAAGUCGAGGGUCGAUCUUUCUGAAGUAUUGGAUCUGCACUCCUUCGACAGCACGAAUGGAGCGCAUCUGGCUGAGAGGCUCCAACUUGUGAAAGAUUCAAGACCACAUCUUGACAAGAGUAUUUUAACUGUGACGUUUGAAGUGGCUGGAGAUCUCUGUGAGGACGCCUUAAACAUUUUCAUCCAGGAACUCCUUUGGGAAAAGAUGUUUAAAAACAAAGAAGGGCAACCCAUGACUGUCAUUCGGUUGAAGGGUAUAGUAUCAUUUGCAGGUAAAGCCCACCAAGUGAUGCUGCAGGGGGUCCACGAGCUGUAUGACCUGAAUGAGACUCCCCAGCUCUGGGAGGAGAACCUGCGGAUCAACAGACUGGUCUUUAUAGGUCGGAACCUGGACAAGAACAUUCUGCAGGAACAGUUCAUUUCUAAAGUGUUGGAAGGAGCAAACGCAAAUUAGCUACAAACUCUUUUCUCCUCUUUGCUUCGAAAACUGAUGAUUCUGAAUCAAAUGUCGUGGCUUUGACCAUCCAUAAUUCUUGGGCUGUGUUUGAGACUUUCACUCCUUUCCUACAAGAACCCGAGGCACGUCAGAGGACGGUUAAUGUAACAGCAGUGAUGAAAACCGUUUCACAUUGGGGUAAUCCGCCACUGCCUGCUUUAAAGCGACAUAAACAGUGUGUAUGUGUGUAGUGCUUUGUGGCACCCUCGCAACGUACACUUGACCACAAAAAGAUGCAACAAAGGUUCAUUUGGGUGACCAAAUAGUUUAUGAAGUUGAAAAGUGAUGUACACACUCUAUCAUGGGUUAUACAACACUGUACCUUGUAAACAAAUAGGUCUGCUUACAAUUCUGGCCUCUAACAUCUUGUAUUCUUAAAUUAUUAUAUAUCAAAAUAAAGUUGUUUUUUCUGAA